AUGCCUAUGAUCAACAGAAUUCGAGAGGACACCGAGGUCUGGAAGUGUAUGCGAACGAAGAGCGAUGGGACAAUCUGCCCCGGGGCAACCGAGCCAGCACAAAUGCUAUGUGAAAAAUGUGGAUUGAAGCGGACGAUGGGAUCAAUCGCUAACAACGAAGAUGGCAAGAAGAUUGGAGAGUUGAAGAAGGUUGAAGAUACUGGGAUUGAACAUUGGGAAUUCAACGAUAAUUAG